GAGAAAAAAAGUGUCACAAUUUAGCGAGAUGAAUAAUAAUCUGCGGGCGCGAUCGAUAGCAGAGUGGAGUUGGGGAGACGGGGGCGACACGACCCCCGGGGAGGCACGGGCUCGUACAGGGAAGGGGCAGGGCGGAGGUUCAUUGAGAGUGUGGGCGGCACGCGUGGGCGCGAUCCUUAUAAAGCCCCCCGGAGCUCCCGCCUCGCAUAGUCGUGCCCUACUCGCGAACCAAGUAACAACGAAAAGUGAUAAAAAGUGCAACAUGCAGAUCCCGAGCAUAAGAUUGUGGGCUUUCGUGGUUGGUUGUUUUACCGUGCAAUGUGGUGCCUAUUCGGCAUGGCCUAUGUACCCGCAACCAUCCCAUGAAUAUCAAGACGAUGAUUACUAUUACGCACCGAAAGCACAAUACUAUUACGAUAAUCCCACAGUAAACGCGCCCGAGGUAUACGGGCAAGUUCCUUAUCCGUACUUCUAUGAUCCAUACGGACAUUUCACAAAUGAGGCUCCGAAGAGGCAAGAGGAGAGGUUCGCAGCUCUCCCGAUCGGACAAGAAACAUGGUUUGAAAGUGAUGCCUCUCCUCACUGGCGCCCCAAUGACGUGGACGAUGUGAGCGCGGCUUUCCUGGACAACUUGAUCCUCACACAAAUGGCCCAGGACGCCCAACGGCGGCGCGAGAACGCCCGAGCGGCCUUCCCCACAGUCGACUACGAAGAGCGGGACGUCGAAGAUGAAGAUGUUCGAGAACUCAAGGCGUUAGCUGGCAAACCACUGUACCACGUUCCGAAAACAGUUCCUAAAAUCGAAGAAGAAGAUGACUACCCUAACGACGAAGGCUUCAUUAACUGGGACGGCGGCAACAAGAGAAGCGUCACUACUACCGCGCCAGUGACGACAACCACGGCGAAGGUUGGACAAGCGGAGAUCAUGGUGCCCCGGCCGGCGAACUCCUACAAACACCAGAGCGACGAAAACAAAAGGGCGUCGGCAUUCUACGGCAGACUCGCGAAACUGUUGCAGAAAGAAAAGGAUUCAAUGCACACACAAUCUGAGGACUCGGCAAAAUUGCGAAAAAUCAACAAGCGUUUCGUGGCGGGAGACUCCGAUCUGGUCAUGGAGCUGCGAGGCCUCAAGCACCGCAUACCAACUUAAAGAAAUUCUCCUGACUAUCGCCAACAAUUAUGAGACUGAGUAAUUUGUAGCUUAAUAGGUAUCUAUUGCAACGACCUGGACGGAAAGUCCCGGGCCUACGAUCAAAACGACAAAAAAAACUUAGAGUUUGGUCAUAUCCAUUACUUAAAGGCAUCUUAUUGGAAUAUUAUAAUUAGUAAACAUGUCCUGUUGUCAACUUCUGGCGAAAUAUCAAAGUCCUAUGUAUCAUCUUCUGAGUAGUCAAAUAAUUUUUCGAUUGUUUACUACGAUGGUAUAUAACUAACUAAAUAACGUGUAAUAUGAGUGUUAAUAAUCGUACAAAAUGUGACUAUAAUCUCCAUUAAAUUGUCGAUGGUAUAAUUAUGUGCUAAAGGAUGUCGACGAAAUGUUGCUCCUUCGAGUGGCAGCUAAUCAAUUCGCACAAGUGUGCAUUUGUAAAUACCUGUACUGAUUAUAUUUAAGACGUAUUAUUAUUUAGAUAGAAAUACAAUGUUAUUAAUGAUGUUUGUAGAAUAUCUGCGCUAUUAUAUCUGGAGCUAAGCGAGGGUUCUGGGAAAAAGAGAGACAUAGUUACCUCCUGAGCUCUUUCGGAGGGAAUGAAAAUAAUUGCUAUUGUAUUUUAUAUAGAUCUCUAUAAGAAAUCUUGUCUUGUUUUAAGUCGUAUUGAACAGUUUUUAAAUCUGACUUUUCUUGGCCUAAUGUUGAGGGUAGAAUAAGUAGAUUCUUUAUACUUUUACACGAGUGCUAAUUCAUUCAACUUACAAUGUCUAGACAAUACCACUAAAUAUUUUGCAAAGCAAAAAAAUGAACACAUAGUUCGUAUCUAUCUGUGUAAGAAUGUUCUCUAAAGAGGGGAGGAUGAGUGAUAUCGUUAGCUUUACGGCUUUACAUUACCAGGUCUCUAAGACCUUUUAUUGAAUCAAUAGAGUAUAAUAUUGCGUCCUCGUUUCUAUUCGAGCAAAUUAGCUUUUUUACUAAAAAUACUCCUUUGUCAUUCUUGAAAGACGCGGAAAACAUUUGGUUUUUCUGUACGCUCCUACUUUCGUACAGUAUAUAUGUGGACGUAGGUAUCUCUGUAAACUAAAACAUAUCUGUUUAUAUAUUUACUUUCCAGUAUUAGAGGAUGGUCAUUAGAUUUAAAGGGUCGUUAGUAUACUAGUUUCAUAAACAAU